CUUCUGAUUGAGUUAAUACAUUUCUUGGUCUUCCUUUCCAUUUUUCUAUUGAGAUUAUCUAGAUAGUAAUGCUAUUUAAUUGCUCUACAACCGGUUAUGUGUGCUGAGAUUUGAGUAAAGAGUUGGUUCUAAGGCUUAAACCAAUCCUAUUUGACGAACUGCAUUAUUUCAAAUCUGAUUAUGGAUCACCCAAACGGUAUUGCUAACAUUUCAUUUUUUCCAAUGCCUCAAUUUCCUUCAAACAAUUAGUAUCCUCCUGUCUUGGACCCUUGAUGUUAGUUUUAAUCUUGGUUUGUGCACUUCUAGCCUUCUGGCACUAGAAAAUUUAGUUUACCUUUUAGUUGUUGGUUAAAUAAAAAUAGUUAUGUGAUCUAUGCGGUGCCCAGCUCAUCAUUUCAAGAAAGGCAUCAUAAAAGAAGGGCUGUGGAGAAGCUUUAGUGGAUUCAAUCAUAAAUAUGUUGGUGCUUGGGAAAGAAGUGCUCCGAUCCUGAUUUCAGUAAGAGGCAUCAUAGAAGAGGGCUUCUGCUGAAGCCUCUAGUAGAUUUGAUAGAUUUGAUUACGAAAAGGUUGAUGCCUGCAGGAAAGGAGGAGGCAACAGAGUAAGACAUUCUAAGGGGAUUUUUCUACAAUCUGGAAGAGGAAAAAGUUAUAAUCUGUGGAGAUAUUGCCAAGCUUGUAGCAGAGUUGUGGUUGAAAUGCAAAUAACAAAAACAAUACAAAUCAGUCUUGUAGACACCUCGUAUGAUUUCUCUCUUUACAUUUUUGAGAACUUUUUCAUCGUCUAGGCUAAGAAUCGAUAUGAAAAUAUUGACAAUGGACAAACUUGUAAUGUGGUUCUUUCUAGCUCAAAGCCUACUCUUCUGCAAGAAUUUCUUCUAGCUGGAAGGAAGACAUAUUGUGCAUGUCAAAUUUGCAAGUUUCUUUCUGCAAGGCUGAGUUAGUUAAAAAAGGAAAUUGGAGGGGUGACAGAACAGCACAUUCAAAUGGGAUUUUUCUUGAAACUGGAAAAGGAAAGGUUAUAAUCUGCAAAGAUAUUACCAAGCUUGUAACUAGAUUGUGGUUCAAAUGCAAAUAACAAAAGUAAUACAGCCAAUUCCUCUAGAUACCUUCUCAAGCUAUAAUUGAGAUAAUGCAAGUUUUUAUCAACGUGGCUGAGUUACGCAAAAGAAGCCUAAGUAUCAGAGAGGCACCUUUUGUUAUGAGAAGCUUGAGCCUCCUCCAGUGGAAAAUAAAAAGGUUUGAUCAGCGCGUCCUCUGUAUCAAAUUUUCCUCUUGGAGAGAGUAACUUAGUUUUCUCCUACUUUCGUUUGUGACCUUAUGACCUCUGCUUUUAUGGUUUGGAAGAGACAAAGAUUAGUUGAUCUGCCAUUUUAUUUUUGUAGUCUGAGUUUGGCAGUGGCACAUAUUGUAUUUAACAAGUUUUUACUUUGUUGAUCGAUAUGAAAUUUCUCACUUAACAAUAAGGGAGCACAACAUUGAGCAAGAAAGCUCAUUUGUGUCCUAUCAGAAUCAUUUAUUUUAGUAGGAACUUGAAGAUUUUGGCAUUUUAGAGUAGUAUUUAAAUGGAAUUUGACGCUUGAUGGUAACUUUUU